CGAGAAAGGAAAAAAAGAAACCGGCGUGACUUUAAAUAGGGGUAAACCUCCGACGAUCUGAAAAAAAGGCAAACGAUCUAUCUUCAUCCCGUCGAAAAUCUACGCCGAUUUCCUCUCUCAGUCACAGUUCAGUAAUGGCGACUGCCAUGGUGGAAGAUACAACUUUCGAGGACGACCAGUUAUCGUCCAUGUCCACUGACGACAUCUCCAGAGCUUCCAGGCUUCUAGACAACGAGAUUCGGAUUCUGAAGGAAGAGUUGCAGAGGACGAAUCUCGAAUCGGAAUCCUACAAGGAGAAAAUAAAGGAGAAUCAAGAGAAGAUUAAGCUCAACAAACAGCUUCCUUACUUGGUUGGAAACAUUGUCGAGAUUCUGGAGAUGAACCCAGAGGAUGAUGCAGAAGAAGAUGGUGCUAACAUUGACCUGGACUCGCAAAGAAAAGGCAAAUGUGUAGUCCUUAAGACAUCUACUCGUCAGACUAUAUUCCUUCCUGUGGUUGGUUUGGUUGACCCUGACAAGUUGAAGCCUGGUGACUUGGUUGGAGUUAACAAAGACAGCUACUUGAUCCUUGACACUUUACCGUCCGAGUAUGAUUCACGAGUAAAAGCCAUGGAGGUUGACGAGAAGCCCACCGAGGACUACAAUGACAUUGGAGGGUUGGAAAAGCAGAUUCAAGAACUAGUAGAGGCCAUUGUGUUGCCCAUGACUCACAAAGAGAGAUUUCAGAAGUUGGGCAUUCGCCCCCCGAAGGGGAUUCUCUUAUAUGGCCCUCCCGGUACUGGUAAAACAUUGAUGGCUCGUGCCUGUGCUGCACAAACAAAUGCCACUUUUCUAAAGCUGGCUGGUCCACAACUCGUCCAGAUGUUCAUAGGUGACGGAGCGAAACUUGUCCGAGACGCAUUUCAGCUCGCAAAAGAGAAGUCACCGUGCAUCAUUUUCAUUGACGAAAUUGAUGCAAUUGGGACAAAGCGUUUCGAUAGUGAAGUAAGUGGUGAUAGGGAGGUACAAAGGACUAUGUUGGAAUUGCUUAACCAGCUUGAUGGAUUCAGCAGUGAUGACAGAAUCAAGGUGAUUGCUGCUACGAAUCGAGCUGAUAUCUUGGACCCUGCUCUGAUGCGUUCUGGUCGUUUGGAUCGUAAGAUUGAGUUCCCCCAUCCAACUGAAGAAGCUAGAGCCCGGAUCUUGCAGAUCCACUCGAGGAAAAUGAACGUUCACCCUGACGUCAACUUCGAGGAACUGGCCCGUUCGACAGAUGACUUCAACGGGGCACAGCUGAAAGCUGUGUGCGUGGAAGCCGGGAUGCUUGCUCUUCGGCGCGAUGCAACGGAGGUGAAUCAUGAGGAUUUCAAUGAAGGCAUAAUCCAAGUGCAAGCCAAGAAGAAAGCAAGCUUGAAUUACUAUGCAUGAGUGAGUGGGGAGGGGGAAAGCAUCAUAAGCUUGAGAGUGUUUUCACCUUGCAUUGUUUAUUACUGCCAUCUCUCCUCUCUUUUAACAACAUUAUUAAAUGCGAUGAACUGGGAGUCUGCGAGUGUGGUUGUGUAGCAAGAAUUGUAACAUCAGCCUUUAGAUGGUGACUGACGACCACUGCACAAGGAGCAACUCCUGCAAAACUCAGCCACUUAAUCUGCAGUAUUUGAAACAAAUUUGGUACGGUGUCGAAAUAUCCUAAAUAUCGAUAGCAAACUUCAGAUCCUUGUAAGUAGUCGUUUUGACUUGUGAUGAACAUUGAGCACUAUGAGUUGCGAGUAUGACAGAGUAGUGCGAUGUUGGUUAAGCAAGUUAUGGAAAUUUAGGGGUUAGUAGAAGGAGAGAGGCUCACCCCGGAAAAGGGAAUACCAUUUUCACAAGUAAUAGCGCUGUAACGCCAUAUUUGCUCUCUUAGUCUAUUUUUAGUCUCGGCUCUUCAAUUCAAUAUAGUUACCUGAACCUGAGAACUGGGAAUUGUGUUCAAUCAUAAACCCA